GUCUUGCUACAGGCAGUACAGGCUGGGAAAUGCAGGUUACAAAUGAUUAACUGCUGAGAUAUGUCACUGGGUAAGGUAUAUAAACCUUUCUGUGAAGGCAUACAGACACAAAAACACAUCCAACAAGUGCAAGCAGAACAGGGCAAGAGAAGAACAGUUAUCAUGUUUCCAGGAAUAUCACAGGCAAAACCUCAGGAUUUGGUAAUGAUCUGUAUGGAUCAGCUGGCUGAGCGUGUGAAUGAGACACGAAGAAUAUGUAAAGAUUUGCUGAAGCAGGGUCUGUUGAGUGAGGACACAUACAGGACCAUUGUAGCAGCUCCAAGCUCUCAGGAUCGAAUGAAGCAGCUGUUGCAGGCUUUGUCUAGCAAAGGACAACAGGGAAGCAAUGCACUUUACAGACUACUACAGGAAUUUGAGCCUGAGCUUACUCUACAGAUGGAGCAUGCUGCAUAUGUGCAUAUGGUGAGGAAGAAGCUCAUUCACUCAGUGAGGCAAGUGGAGCCAGUGGCCAACCGAAUGCUCACCCAGGGCCUGAUCACGGAAAGCGAAUACUUCCAGGUGUGUGAAAAGGAUGGAAGCAAGGCGAGGAUGCGCUGCAUGUUCAGAGUUUUGGAUGAGCAUGGGAUGAUACAGAGUGACGGGUUCUACAAUGCACUUUUCCACUGUGAGCCUUUACUGUACCGUGAGCUAGAAAAAGAGCGAGUGCUUCAGAUGUGUGAACUUGAUGAAGGAAAGAACCAAUCAGUGCAUCUUAUGCAUAAGGGCAAUUUAGAAGAGAGGUGGAUGGAGUUGAAACACAAAGAAAAGCAAGUUGAGAAAGAGAAGGAGUUGCUGAAGAGAGAGUGGGACCUUUUAGAAAAACGGCAAGCAGAGAUGAAUCGGGAGAGAAAGGAGGUCCUUGAAAUGAAACGUGGACUUGAAAAAUUCUGGCAAAACCAAGAUGAGAAAAAGGAUGAAAUGAAUUCUUACUUUCUUACCAGAAGAGAAGAGCAGAGAACGACAGAAGCAUGGGAGCACCUAAAUAACAACAGCUACCACAUAAAUGUGGACAACUUUGUGCCAUUUGAUUGAUCUCCAUUAAUCACAUUGAUAUCACACAAUAUACCUUUCAGUCUGAAAGUCUGUACAGAGUUGUGUGAUCAUUUUACAUUUAAUAGAUAUUCAUCUGAUUUAAAUAUGCAUUAUUGUACAAGCACUUUUGUGAAUAAUCUGUAUGUGCUAAUUUAUGUACUAUUUUAGUGAUCUGUUACAUAGACUCAGCUUUGAAUCCCGAUUUAGCUAAAUUGAAGGAAUCAUAGCUCAGGGUUAAUCAUAUUUAAACAAACAAAAAAUUUGUUUUUUAAAUAUUUGCCUUUUAGUAUGUAUAUAACUACAAAGCAAUGAUCUUUCCACACAGAAAAA